GCGUGAGUAUUGUAGUGCAGCGGGAGGCGAGUUACAAGUGGAUGGGGAAUUCAGCGAGGCUCUUGGGAAGAUAGGUUGACAUUUUGUUCACUUAAGCGUCCGAAGCCUACUACCGAGUAUCGAUGAGAUACGCCUGUUGGUUCGCAAAUCAGAGUAUGCAGCUGCAGCUUCAGAGAUGCCCUAGUCGGAUUCAUGACCUACUGUGGAAAGACCGGAACCCUCCACCAUGAAGAGGGGGGACCAUUUGUGACAAAUUAUAGUUUUAAUCUGGAUGACCUCUAUUGUUAGGUUUUGAGUACCAUCACAGUAAUCAACCAGUCAUUUUUACAGUACCAGUGGUUAUUUUUCUUACAAGCCUUGGAAAAUAGCUUGGCAGCCUGAUGGACAAUCUUUGUUAUUGCAACUGAUCUCCCCCUCUUCAGAUGGACUAUUCAAUUUCACAUCUGAAAAAUCAGAUAGUUGGAAAAUAAUUAUUCAUGUCAGGGACUGCUGUUGCCCCAGCACUGAUAAUAGCAGAGGACACCUGACCUGAGAUAAGCAAAUGGAUCAUCAGGAGCUGAAAGAACCUGUGAAUAAUGUCUCUCUCAUUAAAGAUGAGCUGAACCGAUCCAACAUGGGCACCAGUGACUCAGAAAAAGUCAUCAAGCAUCUGAACGAGGAGCUUCAAGAGGCCCAGGAGUUCUCCAAGACAGGAAAACUGAAAUGCAUGGAACUGCAAGGGCUCCUGGAGGAAGAGAGGCGAGCCAACAAGCAGCAAGCUGGCGAGUCUGCAAAACAGAUGAAAGUCCUACAGGGCCAGCUGCGACAGCUACAGGACGAGCUGGGGGUCCUCAGAGAGCAGAAAGACAGCGAUUUCAUGAGUUCCCAAGAUGAACUGCACAGAGCACGAGAAGAAGUGAAGACACUGCGUCACGCCCUGGAUGCUGCCACCGCCGAUCGGGAGCGGGAGGUUGCUGCUGUCCAGAGUAACCUAGCAACCGUCUCCAAGGAGAUGGAGAAGUGGCGACAGACGGCCAGCAAGUACGAGCGUGAGAUUAACGGCCUGCAAGGUGACCUACAGCAGCAGAGCAAGCAGUGGCAGAAGGCUGCAGAGUCACAAGCAGCUGAACUGGAGUCUAUACAGAGGGAGUACACCAGCCUCCAGAGGGAGGUGUCGUCCCUGCGCUUGGAGAAACAAGAGGUGCUAAAUAAACAUCAGAAGGAGUGUGCUGCCCUCAGGGUGGAAAAGGAGGAGCUGCUCAGGGCUUACCAGAAGGAGAAGGGGAACCUACAGAAUGAGAGUGCAGUCAUGUGCUCAGAGAAAGAGGCCAUGCUGAAGAAGCAAAUGGUGUUAGAGAAGGAUUUGGCCAGCUCGCUUGCCCAGAGUGCUGAGCUGAGCAGCAGCCUGAAGGCCCUGGAGCACCAUCAGGGGGAGAUGGAGAAGAGGUUGGGGGCCCUGCAGGAGCAGCACCUGCAGGACAACACCAAGCUUCAGAGCCAGCUGGACCAGUCAGACGGCCGCACCAAGGACCUGCAGAGAGAGUAUGAGGAGACACAGACCGAGCUGUCAGACCUGAAGGAGAAGUUUGAGACGACUGAGCAGGAAAAGCAGUCGAUCACUGAUGAGCUUGGGGAGUGUAAAGCUGACCUGAAGAUGCAGCGGGAGAAAGGAAACAAAAGUGGGUGGAUCGUCUGGGUGCCUCAUGCAGUUGCCAUGGUAGCGACUAUGACUGCUGCCGUGCUCUACACCAGGACCUGAGUGUGACACACAGACACACACACACACAAGGAUACAUAUAUGAGUACAAACAUGCACACAUACGUACAUAUGGUCAGACUUCUGUACACUAAACCCAUUUCCUCCUAAUCUGUUCAGUUAUUUACUGAUGUUCAGAUGUUGUAGCAAGGAGAGCCCUUUAGUUAAAUACUUAUAUAGUUUAACUAGAGAGAAAUUAGAGAAGUGAAUGUCAAAUACAUUGUACAAUAGAAGACAACUUCAAUCUUCCUAAAGUUAUAAUAUCAGGAACUCAUACAUUUGUUUUCUUCUUUAUGUUUUACAUUAGGACUCUAAUAUUAUACUGUAGGUUCUUCUGCAGUAUAAUAUUACUGCAGAAGAACCUUCUAGCCUUCGAGGUCCAACUGCCCGCAUCACUUUAUUUAUUUUACUUAUUUUAAUUUUCUGCAUUGCAACGCCUAGGCUAUGUGUGAAUACAUGGUGAAUGAUCUUAGAUCAUUUUCAUACACUCAUAAUUGUGGUAAAAAGGGUAAAGGAACACCUAGAGAUUAAUGCUGAUCUUGAGCCCAUAAACUGCUAACUAUUCAGUAGGCCUACCUUAGAAUCAAUGUUUGCAUGCAUUUUAAACCUCUAGGAUCAAUUGAAUUAUCAUCCAAUUAACUUCUCUGCAAAAUAUACUGUAAUUCAAGCAUUGCUUUUUCCAAUAUAAAUAAUAGUGCAAAAUGUACUGUAUAUUGUAAAGAUAUGGAAAGUGAUAAUAUAGUUAAUUGAGUUUUAAGUUGAACUAUUUGCUCUAAAAUGUACUGCAUGUGUGACCUCAAUUAAACAUUCUAAAUCUCA